AUGUUGUCAGCUUGGCGAUCUCGAAACGAUCGCAUGGUGCUGGAUCGACAAGAGAUCUGCCGACUGCGCCAGAACUUGCGCCAAGACGCAACCAAGUCGGUCCCGUCCCCGUCUCGGAGCACACCAAAACCACCUGCCAACCAGCCUGCAAACCUCUUCAAGCGCGUCGUGAACCGGCAAGUGAGCGGCGUCCAGGGUCCGCUGCCCGAGCAUCCCGAUGCCGACGACGCGCUGGCACAGCAGCUCCAUCAACUCAAGGCGUUCUACGAAGACAAGGUGUCCACACUCGCCGCGCAAGUAGCCGACGUGACAACGCAGCUAAGCAAUGCCGCGACCGAAACUGCGUGCUUGGAAAACCAAGUUAACGAGAUGCAGACCCUCAUCGAGACGCAGUACGAGAAGCUUCGACGCGCGACCGACGAGCGAGCGAGCUUGAUGGCGUGGUGCCGCGAGCGUGAACACCACUGGAAACGCGUGGAAGACGGCUCGGCGGCGUUGACGCGGCAGCUGGACGACCUCGUCGCCCGGAUCAAGAGCCUUGAUGCUGCCCGUACAGCGUUCGAGAUCGAGCACGACCAGCAGCUCCGGGCGUGGACGGCACACAAAGAGGACUGGGACCAGCGGAUGCAACAGAUGCAAUUUCAAAAUGACAUGAAUCGCAAAACGAUUCACGACCUGAGCACGCGACUGGAAGCGGUUGAUGCCGCCAAGGUGCUCGCCGAGGCGACGGUCGAGACGUUGCAGCAGACGAACCGCCAACUCCACGCGCAGCUGGACGAAGGCGCGCAAGCCAACAUUGUACUCCAAGGGCAGCUCCAGAUGGAGAUCAAGAUGCGCACGUCGGUGGUCGCUGAUAAUCGAAUCUUGGUCCUCGACCUCCAAAACGACCGCGAGGCGGCUCUCGCUACGCAAGCCCGCGACCACGAGAGCCUCAAUGCCCUCGAACAGCGCCUGCGCGACACCGACAUGGCGUGUUGGACGCUCAAGCAGCAGCUGCAGCGCACCACGAACGACACGCACGUACUCUCGACACGCUGCGCCAAAGCCGAGGCCACUGUGGAGCAGUUGACGCUCAACGCCGAGGGUCUCAAGGACACCAUUCGCACCCUCACAAGCGAAGUGCAGCGGUUAGUGGGGAUGCUGCGAGACCAAGAAGGCGUGUUGGAAGCCAAGGAGCGCAGCCUGACCAAGCUGCGGCGGGAGCUCGCCGAGACGCACGACCGGCUCGCCGACGAAGAAGAGCGCAAGCUCGAAGCGCAGAAGGACGCAAGCUCUCUCUCCCAACGGAUGGCGGCGCUGCGGCGUGAAAACAUGCAGUUGAUUCACCGCUUAGAGUCGCCGAUACCGGCGUCGUGGCCGGCGAGUUCGUAA